UCUUUAUCCGACGAUGCUUGGUCGCCUACCAGCCGUGGGCCGCGUCUUGGCCAGCGCCCGCCGCACGUUCCACUCGUCCAUCGCACUGCAUCACGGCGCCGCGCCCGUCGGUGGCCCCACGGUGCCCAUCAACUUUCGCCUCAAGGACGGCUCGAUCAAGCAGGUUGCGGCCGCCGUCGGCACCUCGAUCUUGGACGUCGCGCACGCAUUUGAGAUCGACUUGGAAGGCGCCUGCGAGUCGUCGCUGGCCUGCUCGACGUGCCACGUGAUCUUCGAAGAGCCCGUGUUUGACGAGCUCCCAGAAGCCUGUGAGGACGAGGAAGACAUGCUCGACAUGGCAUUUGGUCUCACGGCCACGUCGCGCCUUGGCUGCCAAGUCAUGGUCACCGAGGAGCUCGCCGACGCGAUCGUAACGCUGCCCGCGGCGACGCGCAACUUUUAUGUCGACGGGCAUGUGCCCAAGCCGCAUUAAGACCACGUCGUUCUCUUCGGCCCCGUCGCGUACAUAACGCGGUAUCCGAUAGAGACGCUAUAUAACUUUGUUAGCGUCCGUUCACCUACUCCUCGU